GCUCCGCAGUGAAAGUAUUGAACCUCCCCAUCCCUCGCUACCCCACGGGGCCUUUGAAAAUUAUCCCCCGACGUCGCCCCUAUCGCGAAAAGCUUCAAGGGAAGAGGGAACUGAACCUUUGAACGGGAAAUCCCAAAGGACUAGUCGUGUUGAACUCGCCACAAGGGGGAAUCCCAGAGGAGUAAAGUUGUUGAACUCUGGGACGGAGGACGAAGCAAGGUGCAACCUGUUGAUACCUGGAGCAUUUUUAAGCAUUUGUGUAUAAUGGAGCAGUGUUUGUGGUUCACCUGCCUCCUGGUGGUGCUGGCCCACACUCAGGCCCAAGGUUGCAGUGACAGACAUGCAACAUGUCCUUUCUGGGCCAAGAGUGGGGAAUGUUACAAGAAUCCAGGCUUCAUGUUGGUCCACUGUGGUGUUUCUUGUCACCAGUGUCUGGUCCAGGAUGAUGCCUGCAGAGACCUCAACGAACAGUGUGUUGCCUGGGCCAACAACGGAGAAUGCAACAGGAAUUUUCAAUACAUGAAACAGAACUGUGCGCGAGCGUGUACGUUCUGUCAGCCUGCCAACGAUCACAGUGUUCCUCACGUCCACUCUGACUAUGUGGAUGAGAAUUGGCGAAAAUACAACAGUAUACACCCUGGAUUGGCGAGAAUACACAUUUAAAUACUUGUAUAUGUGUAUUCACCUGUAUGUGGUUGCUGAAGUUGACUUACAGCUUCUGGUCCCACUUCUUUCUUGGUUGCUACUAGGUCGUACCAAAGGGACCGGGGUACGCAGCUGUAUGUGGUUGUAUGGGUUGAUUCACUCUCCACAUUGUUCCACUUCCUGACAUCUCAAAGGCUGAAAACAUGACUCACGAAAUCGUAAUGACACGAUUGCAAACAAACCAUACCACGGGCGGGAUUUGAACCCGCGGUCAGAGAGUCUCUAAACUCCAGGCCGUCGCGUUAG